AUGGUACUUGGUUAUAGAAAAAAGAAGGAAGAAGUUAAAAAAACAGUUCCUAAAGAAGUGGCAGAAAGAAGAUUGAAAACUAAAAUAGAAAAGUUAUCUACUUCUAUUAAGAUACCUGCACCUAUUCAUCAGUUCAAUACAAAAUUAAGUGAAAAGGAUGAAGAGAGAGUAUUGUCAUUACUUAGUAAAUAUUCACCUGAGACAAGAAAGGAGAAGUUUGAAAGGAUUAAGAAGGAGAAAGAAACAUUGUCUAAUAUGAGUGAAGAAAAGAAAACUGAUAUUAUUAAAUCAGCUAAUAUUUCUGAUGAAAUCAAAGAAGAAAUCAUUAAUAAGAAACUAUUUAACGGUAAAUUAGCAAAUAGAUUGAUUAAACAUACUCUUUCAGCUAAACCAAUCUUAUUAAAGUUUGGUGCAAGACACAUUGUUGAUUUAGCAGAACAAAAGAAGUUAAAAUUAGUUUUGAUUGCUAGUGAUGUAGUUCCUAUUACUACUUUCGUAUUCUUACCAACUCUCUUUAAGAGGUUGAAUGUUCCAUAUGCUAUUGUUUCUUCAAAGAGUAAGUUAGGUAACUUAGUUAAUGUUAAACAAGCUGGUGUUAUUGGUAUUGAGAGUGUACGUAGUGAGGAUGAGGUUGAAUUUGAGAAUGUUAUUAAGAUAUGUAAUUCUAUAUUUUCUGAUAGAUAUGAAGAACAUAUGAAAGAGUGUGGUGGUAGUGCUGCUAGAAGAAACAAGUUAGAAAUUGUUGAAUAA